AUGACCACCUCGAGCAAACCUCGCCUAGUCGUCAUAGGCUCGGGAUGGGCGGGCUUCUACCUCGCCGAGAACAUCGACUUGAACGCAUACUCCGUUACGGUGAUCUCCCCGCGUCGCACAUCGGCAUAUACACCCCUCCUAGCCUCAGCAGCAGUCGGCCUCUUCAACUUCUACUUGGCUGAGGAGCCCGUGCGCAGCAAAUCCCGAUGCGCGCUCCGCUUCAUCAAAGCCAACGUCCUGGACAUCAACUUUCCAACCAAGACAUGUCGAUGCGCCCCGGCCUUUGACGAAGAUCCGCAGCUCGCGCAGGACGAGUUCGACGUCGACUACGAUUAUCUGGUUAUCGCGCCCGGAUGCCAGCCCAACACCUUCGGCACGCCCGGCGUGGCCGAGCACGCCAUCUUCAUCAAGAACGUCUCGGACGCCAUGAAGGUGCGCAAGACCAUGUUCGACCUCCUGGAAAAGGCGUCCCUGCCCAACGUUUCGGCGGCACGCGCCAAGGAACUUCUUCACAUCGCCAUCGUGGGCGGCGGGCCCACGGGCAUCGAAUUGACCGCCGAGCUCGAUGACCUUUGCCAGGACGAGCUGCGUCACAUCUACCCGCAGGUCGCCGAGCAUGUGAGCAUCUCCAUUUACGACGUGGCCCCGCACAUCCUCUCGGCGUACGACAACAAACUGCACGAGUACGCGACCUCGCAGCUGCAGAAGCGCCACAUCGACAUCGCGCCCAACACGCGCAUCGAAAAGGUCGACGGCCAAGCGCUCUACAUCAAGGACAAGGGACGCGUGCCCUACGGCAUGCUCAUCUGGGCGACAGGUAACAAGAACGUCGCCCUCCUUGAGAGAAUCGACGUCAAGCUCUCGGAAAAGGGCCUCAAGCGGAUCCUGACGGACGAUCGCCUCCGCGUGUUCAAUCCCGGGAAGGAAGGCGGCGUUCACGACGGCGUUUUCGCCCUGGGGGAUGCCGCGGACAUCGAGGGCGCCUCGCUCCCCACGACGGCCGAGGUCGCGGUGCAGAAGGCCGAAUAUCUGGUGCGGAAUUUCAACGAGCUGGCCAAAUCUUCUGAUGGUGCUGGUACUGUCUCGGCCUUCACCCAACCGUUCAAAUACUCUCAGAAACAGCUGGUGAGUUAUAUCGGGGCCCACGACGGGGUCAUCGCAGGCAAGGGACCCAACAGUGAAGGGUGGACCGGGCGGAGUGCGUGGCUGGCCUGGCGGAGCGGAAGUCUCAUGUGGAACCGCAACUGGAGGUCGAGGGUCAUGAUUGCGUUGACGUGGAUUCUCAAUCGGGUCUUUGGCAAGGAAAUCGCGAGGAUGUAG